GCAAUCAAUUUUUCUAAUGACUAGAAACAGCUUUAGUCCUAAAGCUUUUGGAGUGUUGCAAAAUGUUGGCGGAAGAAGAGGAAAUUCCAUUUUCACCGCCUCUAUUACUAUUCCGGACGAGCCGUUAAUGGUUGCAAUACAAGGACAAGACAAAUCAUCCCCAACAAAACAUACAUUUCGAAGACUGAACCCAAUCCUCAUUACACCUGUCACCUUACGAUUGUUCAUACCACCGCUCACAGGGGUGACACUGUGGGCCAACGAAACGUUAGACAUUCCAUUCACGGUACAGAACGCUGGUGCCGUUGAUCAGGAUAUCGACGUGAGAAUUGAGGACGAUCAGGACUUUGCUUUGGAGCCGAAAAUUUACAGCUUUUCUAUACAACCUGGUAUGAGCGCGACCAAACAUUUCAUCAUAAAGGGCGGACUGAAAGCUGGUGUAACCACCACGGUGACUAUCAAUGCCAAGCCUUUUGUAUUGGGUUCAACAUCGUUCCAGUCUGGACAGUUUGACAUCCGCAGAUUGACAGUAAUGGAACACGCAGUGGAAGGCGCAUGAUGACUUUGGUGAAAACUUGCUUUCCAGACUUACUAACUUGCUGUGAAGACAAGUUGAUGUCUUAAUGUCUUGUAGGCAGUAACUAAGAACAGUAAAAGUCUUAUGUUUAUGUUGCCGUAUGUUUUCUUAUUGACCAAUCAGAAUUGACGAAUAAAGAGCGUGAUCAAAAAAUGCAAAA